AUGGGGAUCCUGCAACUCUGGGAAGUGCUCAAGCCAGCGUUUUCUGAUCGGAUCACCAUUGAUAAGUUUGCUGCAAAUUUCGUUUCGCAACAUGGACGACCUCCACGACUUGCAAUUGAUGCUUCGUUAUUCAUUGUUCUGUCGACAUUGAACGAAGCGACAGUGGAACGAAUCGGCACCGGUUACGGAGAUCGGACUAUCCGCAACUUCAUGGCCAAAAUCCUCUACUUAGUGGCUUUGAAUAUCUCAUUCGUUGUAGUUUUUGAUGGAAAAUUCAAACCAGACAAACGCCGGAAUGGCACUCUGGAUUUGACUCGACAGCCAGAUUACGACGAAGAGUUGUCUUUUUUCUUGCAACAGCCUUCACAAUACUAUGCAGAAGGAUGGCCACAAGUAGAAGCCAUUAAACGUAUUCUCCACGAUCUCAAGAUUGAUUACCUCCAAUCGCCCGGAGAAGGAGAAGCUCAAUGUGCGUUUCUCCAGAAGUUUGGAAUCGUAGAUCACGUCCUCUCCAACGAUCUGGAUGUGUUUGUAUUUGGUGCUACCAGCAUCCUCAAGAACUACAGUCGUUUCCAGGAAGAUUUGGCUGGCUCUCCGGGAAAGGGCAAUGCUCCUUCGCCAACAUCAAAGUACUGGGUAACUCCCAUAUCAAUGUCGCGUGUACAAAACACGACAGGGUUAACCCUUCCUCGGUUGAUCUUGCUAGCUUCACUUCGAGGAAAUGACUAUUCAACAGGUGGAACUGGAAUGGGAAUUAAGAACGCUUGUAGUCUAGCCCUAUGUGGAGCUAGCUAUGCUCCUCCCACAGAUAAGAACCCAGAAACAGAUCGGUUUGCCAAGCUUCCCGACUUUUCGGAGCAAUUAAUCACCUGCUUUGUCAAACCGAAAUCUUCUAGCAUUGUAGAACAAUGGAAGCUGAUUCUAGACAAGGAAACUCGUAGGCAGAAACUAGAGCAAUUCUACUACGAUUUGAACUAUACUAUAGCGGGCAGAUCCAAAGACAUCUUUGGUCGUAGGCUUAAUAUGGACAAGGAGUUGGUUAUCGAUGAGUACUAUACACUAGUGUUCCUAUUCCCCUUUGUCAAUCCAGAACUAUAUAAGUUCUUACCUCAAUCGCUUAGUUUCGGCGAACUAAAGGCGAUUGAAAAUGAUGUGGCUAUUCCGCACACUGCUUACGAAUUACAACCUCAGCAGCAGAUGGAAGUCGUCAAGAGACUCAACAGCACCGUUGAAAAUGAAACUGUUUUUGGAACUCUGCAUUUGUUGAUAAUCAAAAACGAAGGUACGACUUCAAUUUCUCAGCUGUUUGAGAGAACAACGUCAAUUUCACUAUUCAGUCCAAUUCUUGAUAUUCCUCGAAAUUAUAAUUGGAAUGCUAAAUACAUUAUACUCAAAUUGAUUUCCUACUCAAAAGUUGACGAUACUUACGUAUCUGAACUUGUGAAUAUUUCCAAGCCUAAGACUGAUGACGGAAUAGAUCUCCUAAUGUUGAGAUUUGACUUUCAUCGAUUGGGGAAAGUCUUUCCUGACAUGAUUGAAGUGAGAAGAUUGGAAUUGCCUGCCGAAUCAACGGAUGAUUUUGCAGACAUUGAAGAUGUACCAUCCCCUAGCAAAUCAAAAUCGAGUAGCUACAUUUGGAUUCCUAGAAUAUUGGUUGAAGCUAUCAAUAAGCAAUUGAUUUCUGAUUUUGAGCGUUUGGAAGCAAAGAAGAAGGCCUCGCCAAAGAAGAAAGCAAAGUAUUCACCACAGAAGUCCACGUUAGACUCCUUUGGCUUGUUCACACAAAAAUCAAAAGGGCCCUCAGAUAAUGCAGAUGUGGAAAUGUUUGUGACUGAACCAAAUACGGCAGUUGCAGCUGGAAAAACUAUGUCCGUCAAGAGACUGCCAGUUAAGAGGAGAAAGUCAUCUAAAAAGGAGCUAGAAACUGGUCAGAAGUCGCUUGACAUUUUCUUCCACAAAAAACCUGUAAAUGAUAAUCCAUUCUUGGAAUCUACUGAGGUUCCUGACUUGAAAUUAAGUGCCAGUAAAGAGGACGUGAAACAGGAGAGACAGACUCUUACCAAUAUACCGGUACUCAAACCUAUAGCUUCUAAACUUAAAAUUCCGUCUUCUUCCAGACCUUCCACUCAUGAAUCAGGGAGUCCAGUCAAACGAAAAUCUUCCUCGGGCAACCACAACGAAAGUCCUACCAAACGUGUCAACCUUGAUGAUGAGACUUCACCAUUCAAGAUUCAUUCCCUAAAUUCUGAUACAUCGAUUCCUUCACUGCUGCAACAUGAAGUAUCGCCUCUCAAGCGUCGUAAUAGAGGAAGAUUAAACGAAGUAGUUGUAAUCGAGAGUGAUGACGAUUAUUUGGAAACGAGUUCACUUAUGGAAAUAUCGCCCGAUCAAGCAGAUUCGCGACUGACAAGCAGGAAGUCAAAGGAUAUUCUCGAUGAUAUAUUUGCUGGGAAGUCAGAUAAAGCGAAACUGUUUCUCGACAACUACUUAAAUAACGAGGAUGUUUUAACAAAUCUCCGAACGCAGACUCAGGAAUUAAUAGGAGUAGCUACAUUUACACCUACAGAUGAUAAGAAAUCUGACACUAUUGCCAAAGAAAAGGAGAAAGAUUAUUUACAAUUAUUACUAGAAGCAAACCAGUUUUCAAGUGGCAACGAAGAUAGCGAUAACGACAGCUCUAACUAG